GACUGCAAGAGCUUCCAUUUUGUGAGCAUACUGCUGCCAUUAAACCCUUAACUUUUUGGCGAAUGUGACACUUACAAGGCAGAAGAAUGAGUUUAAACAGUGUUCCCUCUAAAGUGGAGGUGAUGGGAUGGAAUCCCCAAAGCCUUGCUGACUACAUGAGGAGGCUUAAGUUAUCCGGCUGUGACAGAUUAGUGAUAAAGAGCAGCAUAAAUGGAGCACAGUUCGUGGUAAGUAUGCCCGUAGCUCUGGAGGCCAUUCCAUUUAUUUACUGUUCUAAAACACAAGCAACUGAUUUUCUAUUUCUCACUAAUAUUCAAAUCUACAUCAUCCAGCAAAUGACUGCAUGUGACCUUCAAGUGUUCCCCAGCCUUUAUGUCCCAAUAAUCACUAAGAUCCAAAAUGAAAUCAACAAGAUGGACCAGAAGAAGGGGGGCUUUGGUCUUAAAUCAAAGGCACAGAAAUACCCAAAACAAGUAUUUGUACAGGAAGAACUUUGGGACUCUGAUGAGUUUGACAAUGACAGCGACCAUGACUAUGAGAGUUCGAACCAGGAGGAAGGGGAAGACAGCUACAUCUGUGCUCUGACUGAGCCACAAACAACUGAGCAAGAAGACAGUGACGAGGCCUAUGAAGAGAGCUGCGACGAGCCUUCCUCUGCAGACAUAAUAAAGCCACUUCAACUUCUGGGAUUGGCUAAACAUCAGGACAGUCACUACAGAGAUCCUGUUCGUGAGCCGACUCCUGCUGAAAGGACCUCAAAACCUCCACACCCUCAUCCACCAAGAAUGAGCCAUACCUCUCAGAGACCUUUCAAAGCACCAGCACCAGCCAGUCAACCAAAUCUGACUAUUGACAGGAGCAAGAAGCCUGGGCACUCUGGCCCAUCCCAGACAGACCUUAAAAAAUCAAAGGGCAGCACUGACAGGGCUCCUGGAUCAUCCACAAGCAAGACCCCUAAACCAAGACCCCCGAAACAUAUAGAUGUGGCCAACAGAGCAGAUAAACCCGUUCCUCCAGUGCCAGUAGAGCUUUCUCAGGUUAAAAAUUCAAUGCCAGGUCCAAGAAAGGGCUUGGAUCCCAGCUGGUAUGGCGGAAAGGUGACCAGACAUCAAGCUGAAGCUGCUCUCAGAGAGGUGAACAAGGAUGGGGCAUUUGUGGUAAGGGACAGCACACAAGGCAAGGUUGAGCACCCCUACACCCUAAUGCUGCUGAAAGAAGGCAGGGUUUACAACAUUAUGAUUCGUAACCAAGGCAACUCCUACUCCCUCGGCACUGGCCUCAAAAAUACCAAGAGUUUCCCCGGGGUGAAGGAGAUGAUUACCCAUCACACACACACUCCGCUGCUGCUCAUUGAUGCCACAGACCAGAGCUCUGAAGCGCCGAGCCAGUGUUGUCUGCUGCACCCUGCGGGACUCUGACCAGCACCAACACCAAGCUUAAUGUGGGUGUUUGCAUCUGCCUCUGUAUGCUAAUUUGUACGCAUGCAUACUUGUGGCUUUUUUAGAAGCCUUUUUGGAACCAAACAAACGUCACAAUUUUCGCAAACACAAAAGGUCAUUAUUACAUAAUUCUUUUCCUUUUUUUGCUUACUUCAUUUGUAUUUUUAGCAAACAGAAUGAAAGAAUGAUUUUUG